UAAAAUUAUAUUAGACAAUGGUUCAGCUUCUAAUUCGUUCAUAAACGAUUACGCUCACGAUAAGAGUAUCGAUCUACAGUUCCAUCGCUCAUUUUCUUCCUUUGAUGAGCUUUAUGAACUUGUUCAUUUUAUCUAAAAGUACUUCCACAUGUUUUCGACUAAAACUACAAAAAAUAGCAAACAAACGCAUGGGUUUAGUUUUUUUUGCAAUUGUGGCAAGCGAUUUGAUUGCUCUCAAUGCUCCAAACCUCAAAAAUGCAGUUGUUGUUUAACUCAAUUGUGUUGAGUGCGAAAUUGCAGAGCAAAACAUGGAAGCAAAAACUCCCAUUGACUUUGGCUGCUCGCUUGCGGUCUAUUGCCUAUUGUCUGGCUUGCUGGAAGCGGCUUGGAGGGCUUCCCAGUUAGGGACCGAUGGCAAUAACAACAACGGUAGGCGGUCGACGGGCGAUAGGGCGGUAAUAUGAGAUGCUUAGGCUUAGGCUGGCUGUCUAACUGACUGGCAGCGCUGUCAGCCAAACUCAACUCAUUUGCAUAGUGUGGCAAUUGCUACAGUUGAGAUCCAACUGCCAAAGCAGUUGGUUGUGCAGAUAAGCGGAGCAGAGUGAGCAUGUCGGAUGAAGAUAGCAGCAAGCAGUUGCUGCUGACUGAGGUGCAGACUACGCGGCCGGUGUCGCAGGAGCUGCAGAUGGUGACAAUACCGCCGGAGAGCAAUACAGUGAACGAGCAGCCCAGCUGGGAUAACACACCGAAGCUGUCGAAGCGCAACAGCUCGGAGCGCAGUCUACCGCUAAGAAGCUACAACAAAUGGGCGCCCACAGAGCAUGGCGCUACGCUGGUCUGGCGUGAUCUUUGUGUCUACACCAAUGUGGGGUCCGGCAAGCAUAUGAAGCGCAUUAUUAACAACUCCACGGGCGCUGUUCAACCCGGUUCACUGAUGGCCCUAAUGGGCGCAAGUGGCUCUGGCAAGACAACGCUAAUGUCAACGCUCGCCUAUCGUCAGCCAGCGGGCACUGUCGUCCAAGGUGAUAUUCUGAUAAACGGCAGGCGAGUGGGUCCAUUCAUGCAUCGCAUUAGCGGCUAUGUCUAUCAAGAUGAUUUAUUCAUUGGCGCGCUAACAGUGCUGGAGCACUUGAACUUUAUGGCGCAUCUGCGUCUGGAUCGACGUGUGUCCGCCGAGGAGCGUCGCUUGAUUUCAAGCAGCUUGCUCGAGCGCACGGGCUUGCUGAGUGCUUCGCACACGCGCAUAGGCAGCGGCGAUGAUGAGAAGGUCUUAUCUGGCGGAGAACGCAAGCGCUUGGCUUUUGCUGUGGAGCUGCUCAACAAUCCGGUGAUACUCUUCUGCGAUGAGCCCACCACGGGCCUGGACUCAUACAGCGCGCAACAGCUGGUGGCCACGUUGCAUGAGCUAGCGCAAAAGGGCACGACCAUUCUAUGCACCAUACAUCAGCCCAGCUCGCAGCUCUUUGACAACUUUAACAAUGUAAUGCUGUUGGCAGAUGGACGCGUUGCCUUCACAGGCUCACCUCAGCACGCCUUGAGCUUCUUUGCUAAUCAUGGUUACUACUGCCCGGAGGCUUACAAUCCAGCAGACUUCUUAAUCGGCGUGCUGGCCACCGAUCCUGGCUAUGAGCAGGCCUCGCAACGUUCGGCGCAACAUCUAUGCGAUCAGUUUGCUGUCAGCUCGGCGGCCAAGCAGCGUGAUAUGCUUGUUAAUUUGGAAAUUCACAUGGCGCAAACGGGCAACUUUCCCUAUGACACCGAGCUGGAUGCGUUCAGAGGUGUUGCCUGGUAUAAACGCUUCCAUGUGGUCUGGCUGCGUGCUACAUUAACGCUGCUCAGAGAUCCUACAAUACAGUGGAUGCGCUUUGCCCAAAAGAUGGCCAUGGCUUUCAUCAUAGGCGCCUGCUUUGCCGGCACUACAGAGCUGGACCAGCUGGGCGUGCAGGCAGUGCAGGGCGCCAUAUUUAUUAUGAUAUCAGAGAACACCUAUCAUCCCAUGUACUCUGUGCUGAAUGUUUUCCCCCAAGGCUUUCCUUUGUUUAUGCGCGAGACACGUUCCGGCUUGUACUCCACCUUGCAGUACUACGUAGCCAACAUUUUGGCAAUGCUGCCUGGCAUGAUUAUUGAACCCUUGCUCUUUGUGGUCAUCUGUUAUUGGCUUACGGGUUUGCGUGCAACGUUUUAUGCUUUUGCCAUCACAUCCAUUUGUGUGGUGUUGGUUAUGAACGUGGCCACAGCUUGUGGCUGCUUUUUCUCCACCGCAUUCAAUUCAGUGCCGCUGGCUAUGGCGUAUCUGGUGCCGCUUGAUUACAUAUUCAUGAUUACCUCGGGCAUCUUUAUCAAAAUUAGCUCGUUGCCGUUGGCAUUUUACUGGACGCAGUUUCUCAGCUGGAUGCUGUAUGCUAACGAAGCCAUGACCAUUGCCCAAUGGUCUGGUGUGCAAAACAUAACCUGCUUCCAGGAAAGCGCUGAUUUACCUUGCUUCCACACCGGCCAGGAUGUGCUGGACAAGUACAGCUUCGACGAAGCCAACCUCUAUCGCAACUUGUGGGCUAUUCUGGUCAUAUAUUUUGGCUUCCAUACGCUGGCCUAUUAUUUUCUCUGGCGGCGUGCGCAUAAAAUUUAAGUUUUUCUCACGCUGCGGCAGCUGCAAAUAAAUGUAAAGCUCAGGGACCUUAAGUGUGUCCUUGAACUAAAAUGUA